AUGGGUAGAGUGCUCGACAGAUAUCCGCUCGAAAUUGUCGAGGUGGUUCUAGAGGCUACCGUUACCUUGAAGAUCCGUCGCAUGAUGGGCGCGGUGCUCAAAGCACGCUUUUCAGUCUUCCCAGCAUCCUUAUCCGAGGCCCAAACUGUUGCUGAAACUGACUCGACUAUGGCCACCGAGGAAAUGCGUUCGUCUGGACUGAACCGAGCCGCCGCGGCAGUACGUUCCUUGCUUGCCAGCGCCGAAAAUGUGCAUUCCUGGUCCCAUGCCUGCCUUGAACAUCUGAUACGAAAAUCUAUGGAGCUAAGGCCCUCUACACUCAUCAAAAAUGGGUCCGGCUAUACACGCCGGGAGGAAUUCGAAAACGCCGAGUUUCUCAAGAAGGACUAUGUUCCACAGGAUACCGGCCCGGCUUCGUGGUCGGAGGAGCUUCGGAUAAUGCUAUCAUUCUGGCAAUUGCAAUUCUUUCUGGAACUCCAGGGCGCCGGUCACAAGGGUAGCCUUGACACCAAUUGGUCGAGACAGGACGUUGACGUGUUGUCUCAGAGCAGCGCGGAUGGCUUUUACGACGUGUCAAACUGUGUGCGGGAGCAGAUCUUGACCGCCAGCGACUUUCUCGGCGCAGUCACCUCUGGGACUAUUGCUCCGGUGGGAGCGGUUCAGGACAACGCAUAUAGUUUGCCAGCGAUACCUUGCGUCGAAGAGGCAGCAUCAAAGUGUCGCUGUACCGAAGCGUUCGAAGAAGAGCGCAUCAACUCGUACAGAAACUGGGCUCCGGGUCACGGAUCUAUCGAAUCUCAAGGACUGUGGGGGUACAGCUUUUAUUGCGCCAUGUCCUCACUCGAUGGAUGGCUAGAUGGAUACAGGCUUACGCUUUGCUACCCGUUUCAGUUCUGGCGCAAAUAUGGGUUUGCCAUAUGGGAUGACAAGCGCAUGGUUGAUCUUGGCAUGAAGCACCCGACGCAUAAGUCAUUCAUGAGAGCUUCGUUUUUUUACUCUUUUCGAUGGUGGAGCUUGUUGACGGAGGAAGAGCUGAGUCAGGAGUUUUCACUGCGAGAGCAGGGUCUCCGGUGA